AUGCACCUGCCCGGCUGCGCCCCAGCCAUGGCCGACGGCAGCUUCUCGCUCGCCGGCCACCUGCUCCGCAGCCCGGGCGGGAGCACCUCGCGGCUGCACAGCAUCGAAGCCAUCCUGGGGUUUACCAAGGACGACGGGAUCCUCGGCUCCUUCGCAGCGGAGCCGGGCGCCGGGGGCACCAAGGAGCGAGAUAGGAGGCCGGGCGCGAGGGCUGCCUGCCCUAAGGCGCCCGCGGGAGGCGCCCCGCCCUGCCCGCCGCCCGCUCCUGAGUACGAAGGCCCCCGCCCCUACUGCCCCAAGGAGCCCGGGGAGGCGCGGCCGAGCCCGGGGCUGCCCGUCGGACUCGCGGGCGACGCGAAGCUGUCGGAGGAGGAGCCGCCGAAGAAGAAGCACCGGAGGAACCGCACCACCUUCACCACAUACCAGCUGCACGAGCUGGAGCGAGCGUUCGAGAAGUCCCACUACCCCGACGUGUACAGCCGCGAGGAGCUGGCGGGCAAGGUCAACCUCCCCGAGGUCCGGGUCCAGGUGUGGUUCCAGAACCGACGGGCCAAGUGGCGACGGCAGGAGAAGCUGGAGGUGUCGUCCAUGAAGCUGCAGGACUCGCCCCUCCUCUCCUUCAGCCGCUCCCCGCCCUCGGCGGCUCUGGCGCCGCUCGGGGCGGGCUCUGGCGGCGGCGGCGGCGGGCCGGCGGGGGGCGCCCUGCCGCUGGAGUCGUGGCUCGGGCCGCCGUUGCCGGGCGGGGGCGCCACGGCGCUGCAGAGCCUGCCGGGCUUCGGGCCGCCGGCGCAGAGCCUUCCCGCCAGCUACACGCCGCCGCCGCCGCCCUUCCUGAACUCGCCGCCGCUGGGCCCCGGCCUGCAGCCUCUGGCGCCGCCGCCGCCCGCCUACCCCUGCGGGCCCGGCUUCGGGGACAAGUUCCCGCUGGACGAGGCGGACCCGCGCAACAGCAGCAUCGCGGCGCUGCGCCUGAAGGCCAAGGAGCACAUCCAGGCCAUCGGGAAGCCGUGGCAGGCACUCUAGGGGCGCGGGGACCAAAUCGGGCGCCAGACAGCCCUUCUGGAGCCGACCACGAACCGCAAGCGUGCACCCCUUCUCCCUGGGUCCCCCGACGGCCGCUCCUUCCCCGUGCAGCCUGAAGCUGCAGCCAGGCUUGGGUCUUGGGUGCGCGUCUGUUCCUGACUCAGCCCGGAGGACUGACCCUCAGGCCGACCGAGGCCCCUUAGCCACCCCAAACCCCCAGAGCCCCCCAGCCUCGCUGCUGGAGGGGGAGAAGCGAGCGGCCCGGCCAUGUCCGAGGGACCCAAAGCGCCUGACCUCGGCGGUUCCCUGGCGGCGUGGCAACCCCAGAUAA